AUGGGUAUUCAAGAACUUGACCCGUUAGCCCAGCUAAGCUUACCACCGGGCUUCCGGUUUUACCCGACCGACGAAGAGUUGAUGGUUGAUUAUCUGUGCAGAAAAGCCGCCGGUCACGACUUCUCUCUCCAGCUCAUCGCCGAGAUUGAUCUCUACAAAUUCGACGCGUGGGUUUUACCAAGUAAGGCGUUAUUCGGAGAAAAAGAAUGGUAUUUCUUCAGCCCAAGGGACAGGAAGUAUCCGAACGGGUCCAGACCCAACCGGGUUGCUGGAUCCGGUUAUUGGAAAGCAACCGGUACCGAUAAGGUUAUCUCGACCGAGGGAAGAAGAGUUGGUAUAAAGAAAGCUUUGGUGUUUUACGUUGGAAAAGCACCAAAAGGUACCAAAACUAAUUGGAUCAUGCAUGAGUACCGUCUCAUCGAACCCUCUCGCAGAAAUGGAAGCACCAAGCUUGAUGAUUGGGUCCUUUGUCGAAUAUACAAGAAGCAAUCAAGCGCGCAAAAACAAGCUUACGGUAAUCUAAUGACAAGUGCAAGUGAAUACAGCAACAAUGGUUCGUCCACGUCAACUUCAUCGCACCAAUACGACGACGUUCUUGAGUCCUUGCAUGAAAUAGACAACAGAAGUUUGGGUUAUGCUGCCGGUUCAUCACACACGAUUCCUCAUUAUAAUCGUAGACCGGGUUUAACCGAACAGAAAACCGGGUUUCUUGAUUUAGCAAGGGAACAGAGUUAUAAUUGGACGAAUUUUGGUGGACACAACUCGGUCCAGGAGCUAGGACGGAAUCUUAACGUUCCAAGUCUCCGUUACGGCGACGGUGGUGGCUAUUUACACGGUUUGAAGACAAACGAAGAAGACGAUAAGACGCAGCAACAACAAGCUGAGGGGAUUCCUCAGUUUAAUAACUCGGGCGUGUUGGCUCAUGAUCAAAGUUUCAGUGUUGACCCGGUUAACGGGUUCGGGUACUCGGGUCAACAACCUAGUGGUUUCGGGUUUAUGUGA